AUGGACGAUGGGCCCGGUCUUCCUGAUGGGUGGGACGGGAGGGUUGGGGUCGGCCCAAAGGGCCCGUGGCGUGGCGCGGGCACAGCAGCCAGCCAGCCAGCCAGCCAGCCAGCCAGCCAGCCAGAAGCCAGCCAGCAGGUUUACUCUGGCGGCUGUGAGAUCGGACGCCUCUUACUACAGGCGACUCUGCUGGCCGUUUGCCGUUUGAGUCUGGGGAAACGCAGCGGCCAGACAGGCAGGGAGGCAGGCAGGCAAGCCCCGAGAAGACGGUUGUAG